GUAAUUUUUGAGGACCAGUACCAAGACGUAGCGGAAUUCGCCAGGAGGAGAUCUGCCGCACGAAAAGCCGGCAGUGGUAGGUUAAUUUUUUAAAGCAUUGCUCAUGACUAUUUACUGUUUGUUUGUUAUAGAUCCUUUUCUGGCGAAUUGUGGUGUAGAGACUAAGACUGAAAGCAAUAGUAACACUACUGUUGCCAUUUCCCAUCCCCCUGCUCAGGAAGACUGUAGCUGCGGGAUAUCGGCGAUUCUGCAAGCCAGAUCGAAACAGAACCAUUCGGCAUCGCAAAGAGGUGGUGUUUGGUCUGAUUAUGAGCAAAGGAGCAACGGCGCGAACUCUUGGGGUUUGGUACCUCAGGCGAGGCAUAGCAAGUCGUUGGAUCAUCUCCUCCGGGCACACCAGCCCCUUGCGCUGGCCCUCCCUCUCGGCUCGAGCCACCAUCAUCACCACACGACCAUAUCUAAAAAGGAACCGUUGACCAUAGACUGUUCCACACUACCGACGAGGGGUUCCAAGAGGACAGAAGAGCCUUGCGAUUUCAGGACCCUACCGUCGAGGACGAGGCACUACAGGCAGGAAGCCAGGAAGAAGGCUUUAGAGUCCCGGCCGUCUGACCGUGUCGUCAACGGUCAUCACUACCCCCAGCAACCGGGAAAAGGAGGUGUCAAGGGUUUCUCGACCCUCCCGACUAGAAGGAGGCACCACCAGCCUUCAGCGGCUUUCCUGAGGAACGGCGGGCUCGUUGCGACUGCCACUCUGACACGGCAGAAGAAAUCCACUGAAGAGGAGAAAGUACUGAGGCUGGAAAGCAGCGUCUCAGUCCCUCAUAGGCUAAGUGACAGUGACAAACAGCAAAAACAGGACUCUGAGCUAAAACCGAAACCGACCGGCUCCAUGCCGAAUCUCGCUUCAAGCCCGGCUUCCUCAAUAUCAUCGCCCUCUUCUGACAUCACGUCUGAAGUGAGCGGUUGGGUGUCAAGCCACAGAUCUACGCCGUCCUCGAGCCCUCAACCUACACCAACAGGGUCAGAAACGGGCAAGGAUUCGGAGGACGGAGGUUGGAACUUGGAGCACACUUAUGAGGAAGUGAAACUGCCACCGCCAUCCGAGUUUAGAGACUUGCCACCGCCUGAACCUUUCAGGGAUCCUCCUUUGCUUCAACCUCUACCUCAGCAGCCUCCUGAAGAACCACCUCAGCCUAUCGACAACCUCCUCUAUCACAUGUAUGAAACAGUCCGAAAAGAAAUCCUAGCAGAACAAUGCACACAGCAGGACCUAAGGAACAACUUAUCACCUCUAAAGUUGAACAAGUCGAUGCCGAACAGCCCGGCCGCCAACGACGAAAGCCUCUGCGAGUGCUACAACGAAGAGAAGAGACUGAUACUCAGCACGGACAACAUGGAAGACACGACAUUCCACAAGUCGAAGGAGGAGUUUAAAAAGCAGAUCAACUUCACAGGAAUGAUCUACAGCGACGUGCCGACUCUUGUGACGACACUGCCUUACUUUCACAUUCCCGAGGAUCAGAGGGUGUUGAGUACGGACGGCCUCCAUCUGGUCAUCUGCGUCCACGGCCUCGACGGUAACAAAGCUGACCUUAGGCUCGUCAAGACCUACCUCGAACUCGGCCUGCCCGGUGCGCACCUUGAAUUCCUCAUGUCGCAAAGAAAUCAAGGAGACACGUUUUCUGAUUUCGACACCAUGACUGACCGGCUCGUCGCGGAAAUCCUGUACCAUAUCGAGGCGAGCGGGAUCACACCUUCCAGGAUCAGCUUCGUCGGUCAUUCCCUAGGCAACAUCAUCAUCAGGGCGGCUAUAUCUAGACCUCAGUUCAAACACCUCCUACCCAGGCUUUACACAUUCUUGAGCUUAUCCGGUCCUCAUCUUGGAACGCUUUACAACAACAGUGGGCUCGUUAACAUGGGUAUGUGGUUCAUGCAGAAGUGGAAAAAGUCGGGUUCUUUGCUGCAGCUUUCUUUAAGAGACGCGGCGGACGUCAGAGACACCUUUUUAUACAAACUGAGCCAAAGGUGCAACCUGGUUCAUUUCAAAAACAUCCUCCUUUGCGGAUCAUCACAGGACAGGUAUGUCCCGCUCCAUUCCGCCAGGAUCGAGCUCUGCAAAGCUGCUGUCAAAGACAACUCCCCUAUAGGCAGCGCGUAUAAAGAGAUGGUACAUAACAUCAUGUGGCCUCUUGUGAGGAAGAGGGAGGUGACACUGGUCAGGUACGACGUCCAUCACGCGCUUCCCAACACGGCCAACUCGCUCAUCGGACGCGCGGCCCACAUCGCCGUCCUAGAUUCGGAGCUCUUCAUCGAAAAGUUCCUAAUUGUGGCAGGUCUCAAAUACUUUAGAUAACCUCUGGGUUUUUUAUUUUUUUUAUAUGUUUUUUAAAGGGCCAAAGGAAGUCUUUUAUUUCCUCGUCUUCCCGUUUUCUUUUCGUAUAUUGUCCUAUGUGUUCAGUCUUUUGGCAGACGUUAAACAUUUAUGCUCAAUCAUUCUUCAGUGAGGUUUUUAUUGUUUUUCCUAUUAGGCAAAAGUGUUUAUAUAUUAAGAAAAAAUAGUAAAAAUCUAGACAAAUUCAUGGGGUUGUAUCCUAAAAAAUAGCCUCCUCUCGGACGGUCACACUUUUAUUUCAGGUAUAAAAUUAAACCAGCACAGAAAAUUUAUAGAUCUAGCAUAAAAAUUUUCAAAAUAGGCUUAUUUUCAAAAAAUAUAAAUAAAAAAUUGCACGAUUAAAAAACAAAAUAGUCCGAGAUUGAAGGUAGACGAAUGUUCCCGACGGAACAUUUUCAAAAAAAAAUUUUUUUACCUAAAUAUAAAUAAAAUAAAUAUAUAUAGUUAAUUAAAAAAAUAUUCUCCUAUUUAAUAUUAAAAAAAAGAGGUCUGAUAUUUUUCAAGGAUUCUCUUUGUGCUUUCCCUUUUCCUUUCUCGACCCCCUGAAAAGGAGGAUCAUAUUUGGUCGGAAAAACGUAUGCAUAUAAAAAAAAAACAAGAAUAUAUAUAAAAGACAAAGGUAUACGUGGAAAAGAGACAUGUUAGAGCUUCAUUUUCACCUAGGAAGAUUGCUUUUCUAUAAUAAAAAAAUUAAAAUAAAAAAAUAUAUAUAAAAAAUGUAAAAUUUGUACAAAUUUUGCUACACGAAUCUUUAGUUUUUAGUCGAGGUAGCCUAGCUGUUCUUAUUUUUACCCCCAAAUCGAUAAAAAAAAAAUUGUAACUAGUAAAAAACAUUACUUUUCCUUUUUGUCUUAUCGUGUGAAAGAAAAUCGGGACAACAUUGGAAGGCUUGAAAGUUUUACGCAAAUUGGAAAAUUAUCCAUCAUCGCAGAGCUUAAAAAAUACCUUAAAGAAAAAUUUUCCUUGUUGAUCCAUUUUAGCAUUUAGGAUUUCCGUUAAAAAAAAUAAAGAUUUAGAAAAAACGUUAAAAAUUACAAUAUAUUAUAUUCGAAACAAAGUCAAUUUUAUCUUUGUUCAUUGUUUCUCAUUUUUUUAUACAUACAAAGGAAAAAUUAAAGAAAUUCAAAUGUUAAAAUCUGUUUUUAUCCCCGGUGUUUUUAUAUAAAGAAAUUUUAUACAUGAUUGAAACGAUUUGUUAGGUUUUAUUAUUGGUGGGCGGUAUGUUUGGUUUUUUCUUCGCCCAGUCUGCCGGUGGAUUAUUUUUCUUGGAAAAAUUCUUUGUCACCCCUGUUAAAUCAACGAUGUCAAUUUAAUUGCUCACCGUUACAAAGAAAAAAAAAUAUUAUGACGAAAGAAAAAAAAAUAUUAGUCUUUAGGUUAAAAAAAUUUAAAAAGAAAAAAAAACUCCCAGUUCGCUCCUUACGUUAUUAAAUAGAAAGUAAAUAGAACAAUUUUUAUUCAAACCUAGUCAAAAUAUAUAAAUGACCAAUUAAACUAAAUGUCAAUGGCAUUGUUCGAUCCGAAAAUAAACAUGUUUUGAAAAUUGUCUGUAUAUUAUGACUUGCCUCAAGUGAAAAGGGGCGUUCGUUGAAACAUUCCUUUUGACAAUUAUUUUGGCCAAACAGUAACCCAUUGAUUGACUAUCGAUAAUAAAUAUAUAGAUUUUUAUAAAAUUACUAUCGAUGAAAAAGGCAUCGAUUGAUUGGAAAAAUAUUACUAUCGAUAAAAUGUAUAUCGAUUUUUUAAUAAUUGGUAACGAUAAAAAGAGACAUCGAUAGAUUUGGAUUAAAUGACUAUUGAUCAUAACAAACAUCGAUAUAUCAUUAUUUUAAGAACAUUAAUGUCGAUGGAAAGGGACAACUAUUGAGUGUAUAUAUAUUACUAUCGAUAAUAAAAAUAUCAAUUUUACAAAAAUACUGUCGAUUGUUUGGAGAAAUAUUACUAUCGAUAAAAUAUAUAUCGAUCUUUUAAAGAUUGAUAUAGAUAAAAAGAAGCUUCAAUUGAUUGGGAUUUGUCUAUCGAUCAUAAAAACAUUUUCUUCCACAUCGAUGUUUUAAAACUUAGUAUCGAUUGAAAGAUCCAUCUAUAUAUUUAUUAUGACUAUCGAUAAUUAAAAUAUCGAUAUUGUAAAGAUUAUUAUGAAUAGAAAGUGCCAUCGAAUAUUGGGCAUAUAUUACUAUCGAUAAUAAGUAUAUCGAUUUAAAACAUGCUAUCGAUGUAAAAAGACCUCGAAAUAUUGAGUACGUAUGGCUUUCAAUCAUAAGAAUAUCGAUAUUUUAAAGAUUAUUACGGAUAGAAAAAACCAUCGAUAUAUUGAGUAGAAGUUACUAACGAUAAUAAGUAUAUCGACUUAAAAAAGUAACUUUCAAUAGAAAGAACCAGCGACAUUUGGGUAUAAAUUAUUAUCAAUAGUAACCACCUCGAUUAAAAAAAUACUAUCGAUGGAAAAUGUAUCGAUGCAAUUAGUUAUUCUAUAUACACUAUUGACAGCAAAUGUAUCGAUAUUUUAAAUAUUAAUCUUUAUAAAAAAAUUCUUAGAUAGGGAUUAUAUGAUUAUCAACCAUAAGAAGCAUAGAUAUAUCGACCUUUUAAAAGAUUAUAUCGAUCGAAAGAGGCAUCGAUAUAUUGGGUAUAUAUUACUAUCGAUACUAAGAAUAUUGUUAUAUCAAUACUUUAAAAAGAAGACUUGCAUGAUAGUUAUCGAUGAUUUGAAAAGAUUUAUCUGGUAUCUACGACUAUUGAUAAACAGUAGCCGCGAUUGGGCUUAAAUAAAAAGAGCUUUUAACAAAAAUAGCCGUUGAUAUAUUAGGUAUCGAUAAAAAGUAUCUUAACAUUUAAAACAACUCAAUUCAACAAAAAAUUGCCAUGUUUGAUAUACCAUUGUGACCAUCGAUAAAUAGAGCCAAAAAUAGAUUCGGUUCAUCAGACUAUCGAUCAAUAAAAAUAUCGAUCUUUUUAAAACAUUAUUAUCUAUUAUAUGUCAAUAUCUACAUUAUAACCCGUUUAUUAACAUCGAUAUUUUUUAAAUUUACUAUUGGUGACUAUCGAUUUUUCCUUCUAUCAAUAGACUUACCAACUUGAUUAUCGAUAACUAUCGAUAAUAAGAGCCAUUGGAAAAAUACGCGAUUUUAUUUACCAAACGUCAUUUUCUAUUGUACAAAUCAAAUGAUGAAUAUUGAUAUUUUAUAAAUUUGGUGUAGACUGCUAUCGACAUAUUUGCCACCCUGUCUUUUGAUAUCCUUACCAAUUUGACUAUCGAUUAAUAUCGAUAAUACGAGCAAUCGAUAUAUUCAUGCAAUUCUUAACUGUCACUAUCGAUAGUACCUCUGUUGGUGAAUGUCGAUGUUUUAUAUUUUAAUAUAUACGACAAUCGAUAUUUUUAAUAUCGAAAUAAGAGCCAUCGAUAUAUACGUACAUUUAUUUAAUGUUAUUAACGAUAGUAUAAUCUAUUGGUAAAUAUCGAUAUUUUUACAUUUAAUGUAGACGACGAUCGAUUUCCUUAACCAAUUGACUAUCGAUUACUAGCGAUAUUUUUACAAUCGAUAUAUUUGCCAUCUAUAAUAGGAUCAAUAUACGCGUAUAUUUAUUAAUGGUCGCUAUCGAUAAUAUAAUUCACUGAUGAAUAUCGAUAUUUACCUUUAUCGAUAUCCUUACUAUCUUGACUGUCGAUCAUAAAAAUCAUCGAUACAUGCGGAUUUAUUCCGUCGAAAAUGAAAAAAAAAUUACAAAAUGACCAAAAAAUAAGAUUUUUAGUAGUUUACAAAAAUAGUACAAUAUAUUUAGUAUGAAAUGGUCUAAUUGUUAGUUGUUGGGCUGUUGACAUCAGGAUUGAUAUUUUGACUCGAAAGAGAUGAGAAGGGAACCAGUUUUGUUUUCCUUUCGAUAAUUGUGUUAUUUGGCCUAAUUAACAAAAAUCGAUUAUUGCUCAUUACAAUCAAACUAAACCAGUUCCUAGUUCAGUUAGAAAGUUUGUAUUUUCAAGUUUUUUUUUCUUUUCCCAAAAAUUAGUUUAAAUUUUGCCCACUUUUGUUCCCCCCGUAAAAUUUUUCAACUUUAAAUUGAAAAAAAAAUAUAAAUAAGACUUAAAUAUAUAUACAAAGAAAUUGUUUUUUCACUUUGUCGAAACCGAGUGAGUCUAUACAAUAAUAAAAAUAAAUAUAUGAGUGUCAAAUAAAUUUUUAUUGUUAAAUUA